GCUGUUGGGCAGGAGCAGAUUCUAGUAGAGCAGCUCGGAGCUUCCCUUCUGUUCUGGUGUCGGCGACUGCCUGUCAUGAAGAUGGUACAGUGGGAGCCGGCUCUGAGGAGCCAAGGAAGAUGAUGUGGAAAUGGAGUAGAGAUCGCUAGAAAUCGGAACCUCCACACCUUGGGGAUGGGUUGCACUACUAGUGUGAUCCUGUUUAAAGGCAUCCGCACCGUUUUUGAAAGAAACUGUGCUUAUAUGUGCAAACAGCAAGGAGAGAAUAAUGCCCUUGAAUUCACAGCAUACAGUUGGACAAAAGAAGAUUCAGAACUAUUGAUCUCCUCCUGUCUGGCCAAGCCAAAGCUGAUUGAGCCACUCGACUAUGAAAAUGUCAUCGUCCAGAAGAAGACACAGAUCCUGAAUGAUUGUUUAAGGGAGAUGCUGCUCUUCCCCUAUGAUGACUUUCAGACAGCCAUCCUGAGACGACAAGGGCGGUACAGAUGCUCCACCAUCCCUGAAAACGCGCAGGAGAAAGCCCAGAGCUUAUUUGUCACAGAGUGCAUCAAAACUUAUAACUCAGACUGGCAUCUUGUGAACUAUAAAUAUGAAGAUUACUCAGGAGAGUUUCGACAGCUUCCAAACAAAGCGGCCAAGUUGGAUAAACUUCCAGUUCAUGUCUAUGAAGUUGACGAGGAGGUCGACAAAGAUGAGGACGCCGCCUCCCUCGGCUCUCAGAAGGGUGGGAUCACCAAGCACGGGUGGCUGUACAAAGGCAACAUGAACAGUGCGAUCAGCGUGACCAUGAGGUCAUUUAAAAGGCGAUUUUUCCACCUGAUCCAACUUGGCGAUGGGUCCUACAAUUUGAAUUUUUAUAAAGAUGAAAAGAUCUCCAAAGAACCAAAAGGAUCGAUAUUUCUGGAUUCCUGUAUGGGUGUGGUUCAGAACAACAAAGUCAGGCGUUUUGCUUUCGAGCUCAAGAUGCAAGACAAAAGCAGUUAUCUUUUGGCAGCAGACAGUGAAGUGGAAAUGGAAGAGUGGAUGACAAUUCUGAACAAGAUUCUCCAGCUCAACUUUGAAGCUGCGAUGCAAGAAAAGCGAAAUGGAGACUCUCAUGAAGAUGAUGAGCAAAGCAAGUUCGAAGGUUCUGGUUCCGGUUUGGAUAGCUACCUGCCUGAACUUGCCAAGAGUACCAGAGAGGCAGAAAUCAAACUGAAAAGUGAAAGCAGAGUUAAGCUUUUUUACUUGGACCCAGAUGCCCAGAAGCUUGACUUCUCAUCAGCUGAGCCGGAAGUGAAGCCAUUUGAAGAGAAGUUUGGAAAAAGAAUUCUCGUCAAGUGCAACGAUUUAUCUUUCAAUUUGCAGUGCUGUGUUGCCGAAAAUGAAGAAGGACCGACUACAAAUGUAGAGCCUUUUUUUGUUACUCUUUCCCUGUUUGACAUAAAAUACAACCGAAAGAUUUCUGCCGAUUUCCACGUGGACCUGAACCACUUCUCAGUGAGGCAGAUGCUGGCCGUCACAUCCCCGGCUCUGAUGAACGGUGGUAGGCAGAGCUCACCUGCCCUGCAGGACAUCCCUCAUGAAGCUGCCAUGCAGUAUCCGAAGCAGGGAAUAUUUUCGGUCACGUGUCCUCAUCCUGAUAUAUUUCUUGUGGCUAGAAUUGAAAAAGUGCUUCAAGGGAGCAUCACGCAUGGCGCUGAGCCAUACAUGAAAAGUUCAGACUCUUCUAAGGUUGCUCAGAAGGUGCUCAAGAAUGCGAAGCAGGCAUGCCAACGACUCGGACAGUACAGAAUGCCAUUUGCUUGGGCAGCAAGGACGUUGUUUAAGGAUGUAUCUGGAAACCUUGACAAAAAUGCCAGAUUUUCUGCUCUCUACAAGCAAGACAGCAAUAAACUAUCCAAUGAGGACAUGCUCAAGUUACUAGCAGACUUUCGGAAACCUGAGAAGAUGGCUAAACUCCCUGUGAUUUUGGGCAAUCUAGACAUUACAAUUGAUAAUGUUUCCUCAGACUUACCUAAUUAUGUCAAUUCAUCAUACAUUCCCAUGAAGCAAUUUGAAACCUGUACUAAAACUCCAGUCACGUUUGAGGUAGAGGAAUUUGUGCCCUGCAUACCGAAGCACACUCAGCCUUACACCAUCUACAACAAUCACCUUUAUGUUUAUCCUAAGUACUUGAAAUAUGACAGUCAGAAGUCUUUUGCCAAGGCCAGAAAUAUUGCUAUUUGCAUUGAAUUCAAAGAUUCAGAUGAGGAAGACUCUCAGCCUCUGAAGUGCAUUUACGGGAGACCUGGUGGGCCGAUAUUCACAAGAAGCGCCUUUGCUGCGGUUUUACACCACCACCAAAACCCAGAAUUUUAUGAUGAGAUUAAAAUAGAAUUGCCCACCCAGCUACAUGAAAAGCACCACUUGCUGUUCACAUUCUUCCAUGUCAGCUGUGAUAAUUCAAGUAAGGGGAGCACAAAGAAGAAGGAUGUUGUUGAAACACAAGUUGGAUAUUCCUGGCUUCCUCUUCUGAAAGACGGAAGGGUGGUGACCAGUGAGCAACACAUGCCUGUCUCAGCCAAUCUCCCGUCUGGCUACCUUGACUACCAGGAGCUUGGGAUGGGCAGGCAUUACGGUCCAGAAAUUAAGUGGGUGGAUGGAAGCAAGCCACUGCUGAAAGUUUCAACUCAUCUGGUUUCUACAGUGUAUACACAGGAUCAGCAUUUACAUAAUUUUUUCCAGUACUGUCAGAAAACUGAAUCCGGAGCCCACGCCUUAGGGAAUGAACUUGUAAAAUACCUUAAGAGCCUGCACGCGAUGGAAGGUCACGUGAUGAUUGCCUUCUUGCCCACCAUUCUAAACCAGCUGUUCCGCGUCCUCACCCGAGCCACCCAGGAGGAAGUUGCUGUCAACGUGACACGGGUCAUUAUUCAUAUGGUUGCCCAGUGCCAUGAGGAAGGAUUGGAGAGCCACUUGAGGUCAUAUGUUAAGUACGCUUAUAAGGCUGAGCCGUAUGUUGCUUCCGAAUACAAGACAGUGCAUGAAGAGCUGGCCAAAUCCAUGACCACAAUUCUCAAGCCCUCUGCCGAUUUCCUCACCAGCAACAAACUGCUUAAGUAUUCAUGGUUUUUCUUUGAAGUGUUGAUCAAAUCCAUGGCUCAGCAUUUGAUAGAGAACUCCAAAGUUAAGUUAUUACGAAACCAGAGAUUUCCCGCAUCAUAUCAUCAUGCAGUGGAAACUGUUGUGAAUAUGCUGAUGCCACACAUCACUCAGAAGUUUCGAGAUAACCCAGAGGCGUCUAAGAAUGCGAAUCAUAGCCUGGCUGUGUUCAUCAAGAGAUGUUUCACCUUCAUGGACAGGGGCUUCGUCUUUAAGCAGAUCAACAACUACAUCAGCUGCUUUGCUCCUGGAGAUCCUAAGACCCUGUUUGAAUACAAAUUUGAAUUUCUCCGUGUGGUGUGCAAUCAUGAACAUUAUAUUCCUUUGAAUUUACCAAUGCCAUUUGGAAAAGGCAGGAUUCAAAGAUAUCAAGCUUUUCUUUCACCAACUGUGGAGUCAAAUGACACUCCUGUAGACCUCCAGCUUGACUACGCAUUAACGGAUGAGUUCUGCAGAAACCACUUCUUGGUGGGACUGUUACUGAGGGAGGUGGGGACCGCCCUCCAGGAGUUCAGGGAGGUCCGGCUGAUUGCCAUCAGCGUGCUCAAGAACCUGCUGAUAAAGCAUUCUUUUGACGACAGAUAUGCUUCCAGGAGCCAUCAAGCCAGGAUAGCCACUCUCUACCUGCCUCUGUUUGGUCUGUUGAUUGAGAAUGUCCAGCGGAUCAAUGUGAGAGACGUGUCUCCCUUCCCUGUGAACCCUGGCAGUACUGUGAAGGAGGAGUCACUUACUCUGCCAGCUGUAAAUCCGUUGGUGACACCACAGAAGUCUGGGAACACGCUGGAUAGCAGCCUGCACAAGGACCUCUUUGGCGCCAUCUCUGGCAUUGCUUCUCCAUAUACAAACUCAACUCCAAACAUCAAUAGCGUGAGAAAUGCUGAUUCAAGAGGAUCUCUCAUAAGCACAGAUUCCGGGAACAGCCUUCCAGAAAGGAACAGUGAAAAGAGCAAUUCCCUGGACAAGCAUCAACAGAGUGGCACUUUGGGAAAUUCUGUGGUCCGCUGUGACAAACUUGACCAGUCUGAGAUUAAGAGCCUGCUGAUGUGUUUCCUCUACAUCUUAAAGAGCAUGUCUGAUGACGCUUUGUUUACAUAUUGGAACAAGGCUUCAACAUCUGAACUUAUGGACUUUUUUACAAUAUCUGAGGUCUGCUUGCACCAGUUCCAGUACAUGGGGAAGCGCUACAUAGCCAGGAACCAGGAGGGGUUGGGACCCAUAGUUCAUGAUCGAAAAUCUCAGACAUUGCCUGUUUCCCGUAACAGAACAGGAAUGAUGCAUGCCAGAUUGCAGCAGCUGGGCAGCCUGGAUAACUCUCUCACUUUUAACCACAGCUAUGGCCACUCGGACGCAGACGUGCUCCACCAGUCGUUACUUGAAGCCAAUAUUGCCACUGAGGUGUGCCUCACAGCUCUGGACACCCUCUCUCUAUUCACCCUGGCGUUUAAGAACCAGCUCCUGGCUGACCACGGACAUAAUCCCCUCAUGAAAAAAGUUUUUGACGUCUACCUGUGUUUUCUUCAAAAACAUCAGUCUGAAACGGCUUUAAAAAACGUCUUCACUGCCUUAAGGUCAUUAAUUUACAAGUUCCCCUCGACGUUCUACGAGGGGCGGGCGGACAUGUGUGCCUCGCUGUGCUAUGAGGUUCUCAAGUGCUGUAACUCCAAGCUGAGCUCCAUCCGGACCGAGGCCUCCCAGCUGCUGUACUUCCUCAUGAGGAACAACUUUGACUACACGGGGAAGAAGUCCUUCGUCCGGACACAUUUGCAGGUCAUCAUUUCCGUCAGCCAGCUGAUAGCAGACGUCGUCGGCAUCGGGGGAACCAGAUUCCAGCAGUCCUUGUCUAUCAUCAACAACUGCGCCAACAGUGACAGGCUCAUCAAGCACACCACCUUCUCCUCGGACGUGAAGGACUUGACCAAGAGGAUCCGCACGGUGCUGAUGGCCACGGCCCAGAUGAAGGAGCACGAGAACGACCCCGAGAUGCUGGUGGACCUCCAGUACAGCCUGGCCAAGUCCUACGCCAGCACUCCCGAGCUCCGGAAGACGUGGCUGGACAGCAUGGCCAGGAUCCACGUCAAAAACGGCGAUCUCUCCGAGGCAGCAAUGUGCUAUGUCCAUGUCACAGCCCUGGUGGCAGAAUAUCUCACACGGAAAGGCAUGUUCAGACAAGGAUGCUCAGCCUUCAGGGUGAUCACCCCGAACAUCGAUGAAGAGGCCUCCAUGAUGGAGGACGUCGGUAUGCAGGAUGUCCACUUCAAUGAGGACGUGCUCAUGGAACUCCUGGAACAGUGUGCAGACGGACUCUGGAAGGCCGAGCGCUACGAGCUGAUCGCCGACAUCUAUAAGCUCAUCAUCCCCAUCUACGAGAAGCGGAGGGAUUUUGAGAGGCUGGCCCAUCUGUACGACACACUGCACCGAGCCUACAGCAAAGUGACCGAGGUCAUGCACACCGGCCGCCGGCUCCUGGGGACGUACUUCCGAGUGGCCUUCUUUGGACAGGCAGCGCAAUACCAGUUUACAGACAGUGAAACAGAUGUGGAGGGAUUCUUUGAAGAUGAAGACGGAAAGGAGUAUAUUUACAAGGAACCCAAACUCACACCUCUGUCAGAAAUUUCUCAGAGACUCCUUAAACUGUACUCAGAUAAAUUUGGUUCUGAAAACGUCAAAAUGAUACAGGAUUCUGGCAAGGUCAACCCCAAGGAUCUGGAUUCCAAGUAUGCGUAUAUCCAGGUGACUCACGUGGUCCCAUUCUUCGAUGAAAAAGAAUUGCAAGAGAGGAAAACGGAGUUUGAAAGGUCUCACAACAUACGCCGCUUCAUGUUUGAGAUGCCCUUCACCCAGACCGGGAAAAGGCAGGGUGGGGUCGAGGAGCAAUGCAAACGGCGCACCAUCCUGACAGCAAUACACUGCUUUCCAUACGUGAAGAAGCGGAUCCCCGUCAUGUACCAGCACCACACGGACCUGAAUCCCAUCGAGGUGGCCAUUGACGAGAUGAGUAAGAAGGUGGCCGAGCUCCGGCAGCUGUGCUCCUCGGCCGAGGUGGACAUGAUCAAACUGCAGCUCAAGCUCCAGGGCAGUGUGAGCGUCCAGGUCAAUGCUGGUCCACUGGCAUAUGCCCGAGCUUUCUUAGAUGACACAAACACAAAAAGAUAUCCUGACAAUAAAGUGAAGUUGCUUAAAGAAGUUUUCAGACAAUUUGUGGAAGCUUGCGGGCAAGCCUUGGCGGUAAAUGAACGGUUAAUCAAAGAGGACCAGUUAGAGUACCAGGAAGAAAUGAAGGCCAACUACAAGGAAAUGGCAAAAGAGCUUUCGGAAAUCAUGCAUGAGCAGAUUUGCCCCCUGGAGGAGAAGACGAGCGUUUUACCGAAUUCCCUGCACAUCUUCAACGCCAUCAGUGGGACUCCAACAAGCACGAUGGUUCACGGCAUGACCAGCUCGUCCUCUGUGGUGUGAUUCGCCUCAUGGACCAAGUGUGGGGACUUGCUUUGUCAUUUGCAAACUCAGGAUGAUUUCCAAAGCCAAUCACUAGGCUCGUGCAAGACACAGGGGAGACCAAGCACAAGGAGAAGUCGUCGAGGGGAACCGAAGAAAAGGAAAAUAAAGAACCAUGUUAUUUCACAGCAGAUUUUCUAGAGGAGUCAUAAGAGGGUAUAUGUAUUUUUUUAAAUCUCACUGGCAAUAUUCAACAUUUUCAUUCUGUCUUACCAGACAUGUGUGGCGGACACUCUUAAGCUGGAGUUACAUUUUAUUCUUCCUUACAAAGUAGUAUUAAAAAUAAAUGGCCUGGAGAAAACAAGUGUUCUGGAAUGUACGUGGCACUGAAAUUGAGGCCGGGGUAACUUUUUGCCUCUAGGCUAAGCUGGAGAAUCUUGAAAAUAUUUUUUUUUCCUGUGGCACAUUCAGGUUGAAUACAAGAACUAUUUUUGUGACUAGUUUUUGAUGACCUAAAGGGACUGACCGUUGUAAUUUUGUACCAGUGAACCGGGAGGUUUAGUGCUUUUAUACUCAUCUAACUUGCACUAAAAAAAUACGAAAGCCUAAGAAACUAUGUGAGCUUAAAGCUAGUCCAGCAGUUUAGAACCAAAGGCCUGUAUUAAACACGACUAUGCUAAAAAUUUAAAGUAGUCCAGUAUGCUGUUAUGUACAUAGAGUUUGUUGAUACAGUCUUGGCGUUGUGUACAUACACGUAUGACAUUUCUACAUUUUUAAUGCUCACAUCAGCUUCUGCGUAAAGUUUAAUUGUGACGGAUUUGUGCUGUUCUUAGUAUAUGCAAUACACUUGACUUUACUGUUUUAUUCUUGUAAAUAAAAAGUGCAAUAUGAAGAUGUAUACAGUCUUUGCUGUGUUAGGUUUAUAAACUGUUUUAAAAAUUUCAUCCUUUUGCCAAAAUGGUGGAGUUUGUCAUUGGUAAAUCUUAAAUCUUGUGGUGAAUAGUGGUGUCAUUUAAAGCUUUCACCAUGUUAUAUUUUCUUUUCAGACAUUAAUUUAGUAAUUUUAUAUUUGGGAAAAAUAAAGGUUUUUAAUUUUAUUUAACUAGAAUCUCUGCCCUGCUGUAAUUAAACAUUCUGUACCACGUCUGUAUUAAAAAUAACAUUGCUGAUUUU